UCCUCAGUGAGCAACGGCACUUUGAGUUGGGCGGUUUACUUUCGGAGCGGGAUUCGCAGCCGGUUGAGAAUUUUUUGGGGAAUUACGCGAAAGUGCACAACACUGUCUCGUGUGACCGGUUGUUCCGGGGGUGUCUUUGGGGGUUCCCUCGAAGGACGUAUCAUGUAGUGUGCCUUGGAAGAGGGGUUUGUGUUGUUGCUGUCCGUAGCCGCCAACUGCGAUGGGAUGGGAUGAUACCUGGAAAUUGGCAAUGGGGAAUGUGAACUUUUUUUGAUGGAAAAAGUUUCUUUUAAGGAGGAUCCGAUGGGAAGAAUGCAGUCUGGGAUUUUCAGUGUGAUGACGGAUUUGGGUCCCAUGGAUUGGAGGGGUUCGGUACAGUGAUUGAUCUGUUGUUGAAGGAGGGAACCGUGCAAAAUUUCCAGCAAGUGAUACAUCAUGACAUGAUAAAAGUUGGGGAUUGGAGAUUAGACUCCGUUCAAGUCAGUGUGCUCGUUGAUAAUACGAUGAAUCUCGAGUGUGAGGGUCUGUGUACUGUGGGAAAUUCAAUCAAAGUUUGACGAGCAGUUUCACCCCCCAACAAAGUGCAAAGUUGGCCCAAUUUGUUUCAAGAACUACAACUCGGUAACCGGAAAGCAACACGUGAACAUCACAGUAAGAGCUUCAGCGUAAUUGCAUCAACUUGAGAAGCAGUAGGCGACGGAGCUGCAGCAACAGCAUUCAAGUUGGCUUUGCAAAGUUCUUCUGUGGAAAAGCCACUGCAGCUUGCUUGCGUUGCAGAGCACCGGCAUGACAUGCUUUGAUCUAUAGAAAGUGUCCUGUGAAAGGUUUCUACAAACGUUGAAUGCAACGGCUCUGUGGCAUGACUAGAGCAGAAGAAGUGCUGAAUCCUACGCCUAGCUCCAAAGAAAAUGAUGUUUGAACAGGCUUUUUCUAGGCUUCAAAGUGAGCGGAAGAUUGUGGCUGUCGCCAGCUUCCAGGAAUUGACUCCAUAGAGAGCACACCAGAGUGUGUAGGAGCAUCUGUUGACCCCCAGGGGACGACUCCGCCGACCGAGCUGGAAGUCUUGCCGCAAUAAGGGGGAAAACUUUAUCAACCUGGAACCGGGAAGCAAAGCGCAACGUAGACAGAGCCAUCAAGAAUUCAACGGCUGCCGGACAUCGAUUCGAGUCGAGUCAAGAGUUUAAAAUUCCAACCCCGCAUCACUACUAUUCGCAGUCGAAGAACUUGUCGAAAACAGACGGACACAACCGGGGAUAGAAGAACCGGGGCCAAGAUGCACCGUGAAACGAGUUAUUUGCAUCUUUAGCAAGUUCCUGGCUGUGAGCACGUGCCAACCAACGCAGUGGGUUGAGGUUAUGUACAGCUGAAAAAGUGAUAAACCAACCGGAAGUGAGCAAAACUGCGGUGCGGUGUGGCGAUAAAUAUGAGAAAUAGUUUCUCCCCUUAAACGAUGCCAACGAGAGUGAGCUAAAAGUGGACCACAGAGGAAAAAAAAACAAGCCUACUCACUUCACUUGAAAGAACCAACGGCGCAUAGUUCUUCCAGAGAGCCCCUGAAACCGGAAGCGGAAGCAGAACCAGCAGUGCCAGCAUGAUGAAGUCGGCAAUUUUGUACCCGUACGGGCCACUCCGCGCUAAUGGAUGCUGUCGGAUGCUUCACGCGAAGCAUCUGGCGCUGACGAGUGCCAUCUACACGCUGAACAUUUCCAUCCUGGUCGUGCUGCUCUACUCCUGGCGGAUCAGUGUCAACGUGAAAAAGUACAGCGACCUCGAGGACGUCUACUAUGGAGUGCAAAUUGCGUACUUUGCAAUCAUUGGGACGCAGUGCUCGAUGAUUCUGCUCAGCGUGGUGCUGAUAUUCGGCAUCUACAAGGAAAAUAUUGGCCUCGUGGUGCCGUGGAUAAUCGGAUUCAUCACCUUUAUGGCGCUGGAAGCUGUGGCGAUGGUCUACUCCAACGUGCUGCGGGACCACGUGAAUCGGCAAUUCGAUUCCCUGUGCAAAGCAGAAGUGGCCUUUUUUAUUUCUCGGGCGUUCAUCAACGCCCUGGCCAUGUGGGCCGUGACGCGCUUCUACAACCUGCUGCGGGCCGGCGUCACCUGGAAGGGACCGGAGGUGAUCGAGCUAUGACACAACUCGAACGACACGGAGAAAACGCUGGCGUCUCUCCGUGACGAAACGCACCUGAUCGUGCGGAUCCGCGGCCCGGACGGUGACGACGACUACGUAAGCGUUGGCGGCGGUCGGCGGAGCAACCACGCCGGGAGUGGCACCGGCAGUGAGGACGACGAUGGGGAGGAGGACGACGACACCGACGACAAUAUGAUUGACACUUCUGGUGGGCGGCGGGGGAAGCGACGGGGUCAACGGGGCAACAGCCGGAGUUCGCGCUUCCAGGACGACGACGAUUCCGGCGAAGACGGCGAGGAGCGGAGUGCCGGAAGUGGCAGCGACGAGGACGAUUCGCUGCUCGUGGCGUACGACAGCAACUCGGUCGCGUCCGUCUGACACUAUCGAAAGAUGGCCCGGGCCAUGGCCGAGUUCCAGCGGCAGGCGGACAGUGCCGUGUUGUUGUUCUUGAUUAUAUUUUGUAUUGAGGUUUAUGCGCAGAUUUUUAUAUUUUUCUAGACAGGCCCUCGAAAAGGAAGGGUGCCAGGUUUAGUUGUUACGUAUUGCGGUCAGGAGUGUACGGCAGGUAUGGAUGGACCCCUUGUGUAUGGUAGAAUCCUUGUAAAUACAGCAUUCCGGGCAAGCAAUUCUCUGAUGUUUUGUCGAUCUAAUAUCAAAUGUAUUUUUUUAUUUGAUUGGAACUUCGU